UAGCUUCCUAAGGAGUCAACGAGUUUUGAAAUCUUUUCAGACACUUUCGCCCCGAAUCUGCAAGCACCAAGUCAGUGAUACGUUGCAACCCGCUGAAAUUCACACUGAAAGCAUCAACACACUACGAUAGCUUUAAAAAUGCAAUCCAGCACAAUGCGGCAAGCGGCGAGCUCCCAGCGCUGCAGCGGACAGCCGUUUAAGCCGAACCAGACUGCACCGCGUGCACGGAUUUGCAGCAUGGCUUGUCAGGCGGCUGGUGCGCAAGAUCCACUGUUGCUGCGCGUUGCAAGGGGCGAAGAUGCUGAGAGGACGCCGGUGUGGCUGAUGCGGCAGGCGGGUCGCUACAUGGCUGCCUUCAGGGAGUUUUCGGACAAGUACCCCUUCCGGAUGCGCUCCGAGACCCCCGACAUCGCCAUCGAGCUCUCCUUGCAGCCGCUGCGCGCCUUCCGCCCCGAUGGCAUCAUUUUCUUUUCGGACAUCCUCACGCCGCUGCCUGGCAUGGGCAUUGAGUUUGACAUGGUUAAGGGCAAGGGCCCCGUCAUCGCCAACCCAGUUCGGUCCGCAGAACAUCUGCGGCAACUUGUGCCGCUCUCCGACCCCGCCUCCCGGCUACCCUUCAUCCAGAAGAUUCUAUCCACCUUGCGACAGGAGGCCGACUCCGAGGGGGUGACGCUGCUGGGCUUCAUCGGUACCCCCUGGACUCUGGCGGCCUAUGCCAUGGAGGGCAAGGCGGACAAGGACUGCAAGGAAACCAAGGUGUGGAAAAUAAUGUUCCACAAUCCAGCGUUGUUGCACUCGUUCCUGGACUUCCUAACCGAGCAGUUGAUUGUCUACGCCGGCUACCAGAUUGAGAGCGGCGCGCAGGUGAUCCAGCUGUUUGACAGCUGGGCGCACCACCUGUCGCCGGCGCAGUUUGCCGAGUUCAGCAUGCCGUACGCAGAGCGCAUCACGCGCGCGCUCAAGGCCAAGUACCCGCAUGUCCCGGUGAUUUUCCACGCCAACGGCGGCACGGGCAAGCUGGAGCUGAUGAAGGAGACGGCGGCUGAUGUGGUGGGUCUGGAUUGGGCGGUGGACAUGAAGGACGCCAGGGCCACCCUCGGACAUGGCGUCAAAGUGCAGGGCAAUGUUGAUCCCAUGUCGCUGUUCGGUCCGGAAGAGCACAUCCGCGUCGAGGUGGAGCGCUGCUUGAGGGCCGCUGGACCCCGAGGACACAUCCUCAACGUGGGGCAUGGUGUCGUACAGGGCACUCCGGAGUCCUCUGUGGCGUUGUUCUGCGAGCUCGCUCGUCAGUCGGGGCAAAUACACGCCAAGACCGCCCCAGCUGCAACAGCUGCUACUGCCAGCAGCGGAGUCCGGGCGCCGGUGUUGGCAUAGACCAAUAAGGUACAACUCAAGGUGUACACGCACACGCACAAACACACAUGGUGGGAACAAGGGAGGGCCACCCUCAGCCGUAGGACGUACGGAUUUGGAUUUCAAAAAAGGGUGUCUGGAUCUGCGGUGCUGUCGGGCUCUGGUAUAUUUUAUUACAAUUAUGAUUUCCAAAAUUGUUGAAUUUUAGGAGAGGGAGGAAGGGUUGCCUCGGCUGUCCUGGAUACACGAGGGGGAGGUGAGGGCUGAGGGGAGAGGGGGAAAUGGGGGAUUGAUGGAUGUGGUGGAUCCAUUUUGAAUCCGUGUUGGAUCCGACGACCCCGCGAACGAGCGAAAUCGUUUUCGAGAACCCUUUUUGCCCCGAUUGGCGGAUGGGGCCCGCGUGUGUGUAUGUGUGUAUGUAUGUGUGUGUGUGUGUGUGCGGAGGGAGAGAAUCAUCGCUUUGCUGUGUAACGAUAUGGGCCCGGUGAGACCGUUACAUGUGCGGCCAAGGAAAUCCUGGAUCCUGAUUCUGGAUCCUGAAUCCGGAUGCCAUGGAAUCAGUUACAAACGCGGCGUUGCACACACGCGGCGUUGUAUGCACGCGAUGUGAGGAUGGAACCGUGUAGGAGAGGUCUGUCUGCUUUGGCCUUUUUUGAGCUUUUCUUUUUGAGCUGUUCGCGCUCCUUGUUGAGGCUCCACGAGGAGGAGCGUUUCAUGCAUGCGGUGGUGGCGGCGCGAGCGUGUUGUCAGGUUAUGGUGGCGGCGCGGAGAAUCGGGCAAGCUAUAGAGGCCAGGAUCCUGCAUGGGUGGGAGGCAGGGAGGCUGCCGAAACCAAGAGGGGUUGUGUGCCUAGGGUAGAUGAGCGCAAAAGAUGUCGGAAAUGUUUUUUCUACGGCGGGGAGGGGCUGUUGCAGCUGAGCAUCAUCAGUUGCUUUCGGAGCCAAGGUGCUGCCAAGGUUUUGUUUUUUACUUCUGACGCGGCUUCUGACGCUUUUGACAAUUAACACAUUGGAUUGCAUUGCUCUACCCAUGUGGGUGAUUUUGUGGCAAAGGUGAAGUGGUGUGUAAGCUGUUUUCCUUCCG